AUGUAUAAGUUAGUACCCUUGUACUCGUACUAUUCUGUGUUCGGAAUCCAGCGCUGGUUUGAGCACUAUCCCUAUCAGUUAUGGGUCUCGGGAUUGAGCCCCUGCCUGAGCACUUACCUUGUGAGCGACCUGGUUCUGGGGGUUCUAUCCCCGGGUCCGGCGCUAAGUCUAGGACUUGGAUCAGGAUCCGUUCGCUUAAAUGGUAUAAUCGAGUUUGACGAAGUGAGCGGGGCGUUAAAAACAGCCGGUUACCUCGUUUUAUCUUGGACUGACGAAUAUCUUCAAUGGGACAGCACGGCUUUUAACGGAACUGAAAGUAUGUUUCUCGUCCUUCAGUCCACAUGUGACGUAGACAUUCAGUACUUUCCAGUUAACCUCCAAACGUGCAGUUUGGUGUUAACCGCCCGGAGUUACUACAAUGAGGACGUGACCCUCUACCAAAAGUCGGAGAACAUCUAUUUGGACGCAUACGCUCCAAACAGCAUGUGGGACAUCCAAUCAACCGCUGCAAGCAUCAAGCACGCUUAUGGUGGCUCGGUGUCUAGUGGAAGCACGACUAGCCACCCGAAACACGACGGAGCGCCCUAUCGGUUAUGGAUUCUUGGCAGCGUCCUUCAGUCCACAUGUGACGUAGACAUUCAGUACUUUCCAUUUGACGUCCAAACGUGUAGCCUGGUUUUAUCCGCUUGGAGUUACUACAAGUCGGACGUGACCCUUCAUCAAAACUCGGAAAACAUCCAUUUGAACGAAUACACUCCAAACAGCAUAUCAACAGCUGCAAGGGCGGUCAACACAGAAGAAUCUGAGGUUGUGUUCGAAAUCAAGUUGAAACGAAAACCUGGAUUCUACAUCAUCAACAUCAUAGUUGCCGUCAUUCUCUUGUCCAUUCUGAACACGUUUGUGUUCGUCCUACCAAUCACGUCGGGUGAGCGUGCCAGCUUCUCUGUAACGGUAUUCCUCUCACUGGCCGUGUUUCUAACCAUCGUCGCCGCGUCAUUGCCCACGAACUCCGAUAGCGUCUCCCUACUGUCCGUCUUCUUGAUCCUAAGAACGGCGUCAAGCACGCUUAUCGUGGCUCUGUGUCUUCUGGAAGCAAGAUUAGCCACCCGAAGUACGACGGACCGACCUAUUGGCAAUGGAUUCUGGGCAGCGUAUAAUUAG